CAACAAACAAGCUCAUAUUGCCAACACUAAUAAUGAAAUUCUUGCAUCAAAAUAUAGAAACACAUAGAUCUAACUUGUUCAUGAUAAUGAAGCGAAUUUUAUCAGUUAUAGUGAUAUGUUCCUUAAUCUCUCAUAGUCAAGCAGCACUGGAAGUAGGAUUUUACCGCGAUAAAUGUCCAUUUGCUGAAGCUAUAAUCAACCAUGAGGUCAAAAAAUCCUACCUUAUAGACAAAGGCAUUGCUGCUGGCAUUGUUAGGCUGCAAUUCCAUGACUGUUUUGUCAGGGGUUGUGAUGGAUCAAUUUUCAUAGAUUCAACCCCAACAAAUCAAGCUGAGAAAGACGGUUCAACCAACGAAUCAAUAAGAGGUUUGGAAGUGAUCUACAAUGCUAAGGAUAAACUCGAAGCUGUGUGUCCUGGAGUUUUGUCCUGUGCUGAUAUUCUAGCAUAUGCUGCUAGGGAUUCCAAUGUACUUUCAGGAGGAGUGUACUGGGAUGUACCAGCAGGAAGGAGAGAUGGCAGGAUUUCAAGAGCAUCAGAAAUUGUUGAUAUCCCUCUUCCUUCUUUUAACCUUGUUCAAAUCACUGAAUCUUUUGCAAACAAGGGUUUGACACAGGCUGAUAUGGUUGCUCUUUCUGGAUCACAUUCAAUUGGUCGGUCACACUGCUUCCAGUUCACUGACAGACUCUACAACCAUAACACCAAAACAAUGAAGGACCCAAACCUAGACCCACAUUAUGCACAGCUCCUAAGAAUAGUGUGUCCAAAAGUUCUGCAAGAAAUUUUUAACCAAACCUUGGUUGUUGGAAUGAACCAAAGUCCGUUUUACAUGGACUCGAGCUACUAUGGAAAUCUUUUCAAACAUGCUGGUUUAUUUGUUUCUGAUCAGUCACUCUUAGACAGCCAGACGACUGCUACUCAGGCGGCAAGUUAUGCAGCGAAUGAUUUGUCUUGGAAAGUGGAUUUUGCUCAAGCUAUGAUUAAGUUAAGCCAGGUUCAAGUAUUAACUGGAAAUCAAGGAGAGAUUCGAGCUAAUUGCAGGGUGAUUAAUCCAUAAAUAUAAAAAAAGACUGCUUGGUUAGGUAGCAAAAUUUGCUGUAUUUUCUGCUGUUAGUGUACUUCUAAAUAAGCCAGAGGCUUAGAUUAGAAGUCUCAAAAUGUGGAUUUGAGAAUUUCAGAAUUGUCAAACAAUAGACACCUUUUCUUAGUGAAUUGUCUGUUUUUUAAUAAAAACUGAAGCCAAAUGAUAAAAAAAAUCUACAUAAAUCACUAAAAAUCCUCUGUUAUGACAUACAGAAUAUUAAAUAUACAUUUCUUUUUGUCGA